GGAAAGACGCACACGUUUUAUUAAUUUCACGUUGCUUUUUAUUUUGGAGCAUAGACCCAAGAAACGAAUGCUUCCGGUUUACUUUCUGUGCAGUGAAAUUAAAAGAGCAUUUAAUGAGGCCCGCCGUGCGUGGUUGUUUUAAGGCCCUUUGUUUGGCCCUUCGCGGGGGUGCGCGCUUUCUCCCAGGAGCGCGUCCGCGUUUUGUUUCCGAGGAUCCAGGAGCGGGGGGGGGGGAACAAAAAAAAAAAAACAACUCCAUUGUUGUCGAGAAGUUUUUAAUCUGGGCGAUUUAAAGCCCAUCACAUGCUCCGACUGAGCAGCAGGGCGCAAACUGCUGCAUGUUGGGGAGGAAACAACGAUCCAUCCCGACGGGACCGACGAGGGGAACAUUUGGGGGGGGGAUUGUUUUUUGUAUUCUCACCCCAAUGCCACCGCAACUUUUCGAGGAGCUUCGCACCACAUGAGAAGUUUUAAUCAGAAAGUCCGAGCCGGAAAAAGGAGAAACUUUUUUUUUUUAAUCCUCUGCAGAAACCUGGAGAUAAAGAUGACGCUCAAGUACAGCCAGCGGUCCCUCAUAGUUCUGUCUCUACUGGGGAUCUUAUCGGCCGUCAUGUCGGUUUUGUCGGUCAUCCUGAUUUUCCAGCUCCGCACCGUGCAGACCGGAGAGAAGGAGUCGCCCCCCCCGUCCACCUCCUCGCUGAUCCCGGCUCAGAUCUGGGCCGUCCUGCUGCCCGUGUGCACGGUGCUGUGCGCCCUGUCGCUCAGCCUGCACCUGAGCUCCGUGGUGGUGUGUCUCCUCCACGGAUACUUCUCCACGGAGGUCUGCGGAGGAGAGGACGACGCCGAGAGAGCAGACUGGUUUCUUUUAGACAGCAGAGCAGUGCGACACGUGGCCAUCGGACUGUUCUGCCUCGGGGUUUCUGUCUACCUGGCAGCCAUGUCCAUCUUCAUGCUCCUGAUAUUUGAGGUGGAGACGGGCGUAGCGAGCGCCUGCGUGCUCUCCUCGGGGAUCUUGGUCUUACUGGUCAUCGUGAUCCACACGCUGGUCAAAGCGUCUCGCGGGGGGAAGCGCGGCGGCGGCGGCGACCGCCUCGACACCCUCUUUCACAACGACCGCGGCGUCUGCGACGUGCCCGCCCCCCGGCGGCGCGAGCUCAAGGUCGGCGCGGACAAACCGCGGAUGCACCGCAGCCAGUCCCACCUCCAGCAGCAGAUGUCCUACCCGCCGUGUGGCGACCCGAGGCCGCCGCAGUACCAGCAGCCGCAGUACUCGGCCGCCGGGGGCCACGCCGGAGACAAGGACGGCUACAGCAGCGGCGGCAGCGGCUCCCGAAUGCACAGGACCCUGUCCACCGAAUCCGGUCUGCUGCAGGCCCAGGCUAAACCCUGGAACGGGGUCAACAACGAAAUGAGGAGCGUCCUCGCGCGCAAGUCGGGGAUUUCCGCAAAAGACUCGACCCUGGUUUGACGCGGCGCAAGACCCGCUGACCUUUAAGCAUCAAGCCCGAGGGGGCCGCUCGCACAGGUGUCGUUUCAUUACAGGUCAUUUAGCAGACGCUUUUAUCCAAAGCGACUUACAUUGCAUUUUUAACCCGUGGCUUUUUACGUUUUUGCCCGGGGAGCAAUUAGGGGUUAGGUGUCUUGCUCAGGGACACUUCAAGGACUUCAUGGAGCAGCCAGGGCUCGAACUACCCACCUUGCGGUUCUCAGAGGUUAGGGUUAGGCGCACCUUCUCUACUCCAUGAGCCACCAUUUCAGACCCCUUUUGUACCUUUUUACUGUGCGUUCAUCCCAACUGAUCGCAGACGCCAUCGUCAGACUCCAGCGCUCUCGCCUUCUGAUUUCUACUGUUCGGAUUGUAAAGAAUUUGGAAUUUGUUGAAAAAACAUUGAGCACAACUUAGAACAUGUAGUGUGAAUGAGCUUGAUUUUAAACUCACCGGUGUUGCCCGAGUGUCAAUCUGUAAAAUGUAUAGCUUUUUGUAAUAAUGCAAAUACUUCUGUAUAUGUUGACUUUUUGCCAAAAGUUAGUGUUGAUGUGUUUAUCAUGUUUGGUUCACAUCAUACAUAUAAUACAUUUUAGAAAAAUACAAUUCAGUUAAAAAAAAAUAGAAACUUAGCUUUAAUUGUCAUUUAAAUGCAUGUUUGAAAUAUUUCUGUAAAAGAAUAUGUGAUACAGGGCUAAAUGUGAUCAUGUCUGGAGGAAAUACUAACCUUGGACACCUCGGCCCAGAGGUCAUGAGGAAGUGGAAGGUGCAUGUGGAGCAGAGACAAGGGGACUGGGAGAGGGGGUCACAUCAUGUAAGCUUCAUGCGGAUGUCAGUGGGGGAAAUAAAAAGAAAGCAUAGACAGAACUGAAAACAUGAAGCUCCCAUAACUACAAAAGAAUAAAUAUUUUGCAGUUAUUGGGCUCUUGAAGUGGAUUAAACUUAAAGAAUGUGUUUUGCUGAUGUCCAAAAAUGUUAAGUGAUACAAAUGAUUAUAAAGUAUUAAAUAAAAACAACAUGAACAAAAAGGUUUGAUGUGCUGUAAAGAAUGAAUAACAACAACAGAGUCACUUUCGACUCUGACUUUUAAGUUAACUGUGCAAAGAAAUUUGGGAAAAGAGACGGAUACUGGCCACGACAACUAACUGGACAAAUGUUGCAGUACCUCAAAACCUUUUUGUUUCACCAUCAUAUUUCACCCCCGGCUCUCAUGUUCACUGCUGCCUCCUACCUGCGUCCUUGAGAGCUGCUAAUCUGCUCCUUCAUGCUGAUGGCUUGACGCAGGAGGCUGUCGAUAUUUUUGAAGUACAAGCUGCUGUUUGUCAUGCUCUUCACGGCACUACAAAAAAAAAAAAAAACAAGCGGUUAACAUGUGGUUAUUGAGUUGACAGCAGAUAAGCGGACCUCUCCUCACCUGCACGCGUACUCCACAGAGUAGAUGGCUCCUUGGCUCUGCUCCUCCCAGCUCUGCAUGUCCGACUGUGUGAGAAAAAUAAUAAAACCAUUAAAUAUUCAAGAAA